AUGCCAUACCCCGAAGAAGCUGAGGGCUUCCAGAUCGACGGAGCUGAUACCUUCACCGAGUUCCACAAGCGCCACUUCAAACUCAAGCCUUUCGGUGACUAUGACGUCGAUGUCAAGAUUGAGGCCUGUGGCAUCUGUGGCAGUGAUGUGCACACCAUUAGCGGAGGAUGGGGUGAUCAGAAAUUCCCUCUGUGCGUGGGUCACGAGAUCGUUGGUCGCGCAAUCCGUGUCGGACCCAAGGUCACGUUGAUCAAGGAAGGCGAGCGCGUUGGCGUUGGCGCGCAGUCAUACUCCUGCGGCAAGUGCAAGCAGUGCCUUAACGACAAUGAGACAUACUGCCAAGUGGAACCGAUGGACACCUACGGCUCGCAGUGGGCUGACUCUGGCGUCGUCAGUCAAGGUGGAUACUCAUCGCACGUCCGAACACACGAGCACUGGGUCUUCCCGAUUCCGGACGCGUUGGAGACCAACUCGGUGGCUCCGAUGUUAUGCGCCGGACUGACUGCAUACUCGCCCCUGGUGCGCAAUGGCGCUGGCCCUGGCAAGAAGGUCGGAAUCGUUGGACUAGGUGGUAUUGGACACUUUGGAAUCAUGUUUGCCAAAGCGUUGGGUGCGGAGACGUGGGCUAUCUCGCGGUCUCGCGCGAAGGAGGCAGAUGCUCUUAAGCUCGGUGCUGAUGGCUAUAUUGCUACUGCUGAGGAGGGAUGGGAGAAGCCCCAUCUGUACUCGUUUGAUCUGAUCAUCAACUGCGCCAACUCUUCUGAGGGAUUCGAUCUUGCGCGUUAUCUUUCCAUGAUGGAUGUUCAUGGGCGCUGGGUCAGCGUUGGUCUUCCUGAGGAGGAAGGCCAGGUAAUUAAGGCUCAGAACCUACUUUCCAAUGGUGUUCUCAUUGGUGCCAGCCACUUGGGUAGCCGUCGGGAGAUGCUUGAGAUGUUGCAGCUGGCUGCUGAUCGGGGACUCAAGGGUUGGGUGGAGGAGAUUCCUAUUGGAGAGGAGGGACUCAAAGACGCAAUCUUGCGUAUGAAGAAGGGCGAUGUACACUAUCGAUUCACUCUGACUGGAUAUGACAAGGUCUUCAGUUGA